UGCUAACUGGUAGUCAGGCUCGGACCAGCAUGGCUCCACUACGCAUGGCCCCAAAGUUUGUUGUCAGAGACUCGUCCUCGGAUGACAAACAGAUUUACUGCCAGGGUAAAGCCGUGAGGCUCAGCAAAGAAGAGAUGCUUGUCUACAGCCAGCUUCCAGCUCUGGAGGAUUUUUGUCUUGUUGUCUGCCAUGUCUGCGAUCAGGUGGUCACCCCCCAGGGCAUCCUCACACACUACGAGAAGCGCCACGGCUCCCCCGCCCCCUCCAGGACCCCCCUGGUCCCCAUGAAGCCAAAAGCACCUGCGGUGACCCCCACUGUGGUGCCAAGUCCCGGGGACACGCUGGCCUUCAGGGUCCCCAAGGAGUACCCUCACUCACGCUUCAGCAAGGCGCCUCUGGCCGUCUACCCACCGAAGGGGGCGCGGAACAAGACAUGUGUGUCCCUCCCGGUGGUGAGCCUGGAGAAGAUCCCCUGCCUCAGCCGGGGUGACCCUUCAUCACAUGUGCGCAUCACCUCCUCAUCCUCCUCAUCCUCCUCCUCCUCUUCCUCCCCCUCACACCUCCCUCCCCCGGCCUCCCAGCGGUCCAGCGAGAAGCUCACAAACGGUCGCGGGCCGCCCACCCCCUCUCCAUCCUCCUCUGCGGACAGACGGCCCAGUCCGGCUCGCUCUCCUCUGGACAGACGGCUGCCCUCGACCCCCUCUCCUUCCCCUCUGGACCGUAAACCCCCCUCCUCACCGGCCCCUUCCCAACGCUCUGCCGCUCUGCCUGUGACGUCGCUGUUGGAGAAGAAGCAGCAAAAUGGGACGAAGACUCCCUCCAGGUCGCAAAAAAGACUCUCAGGCAGAGUUUUUGAUCCUAACAAACACUGUGGAGUCCAGGAUCCUGAGACUAAGCGACCCUGCACCCGGUCUCUCACCUGCAAGUCUCACUCGCUCACACACCGCAGAGCCGUCGGAGGCCGAGGGAAACACUUUGACGUCCUGCUGGCCGAACACAAGGGGCGGGCCAAGCUGACCGAGGGAGCGAAGGAGAAGGACGCAUCGCAGGGAAGGAAGGAAGGAAGCGUCACGCCACAGGAGACCGCAUCUCCCAGCAGGCCGCACUGCACUAACGGACGCACGCUGUCCAUGCUGAAGCUGCGGCUGGCUAACGCACACAUACCCAGGGUCCCAGGCUCCACCACCACCUCCAGCCCUCUGCCCCCGGCCGUCCCCCCACAGCCGUCCCCCCUCAGAGACGGCGGGCGUCUCUCGAGUGACGAGGGCGACGCGGAGGCCCCAGAGGACGGAGACAGAUCUGCCUCUCACUCCUCCCAUCGCCACCCACAGCCUUUACGGUACUGCGUGUUCAGCAGCAGGCUCAUGGGACGGGGUCACUACGUGUUCGACAGGCGAUGGGACCGCAUGAGGCUGGCGCUGCAGAACAGCGUGGAGAUACACCUCAACGCACAUAUGUGGAGUUUCAGGAAGGUGCCUCCCGCUCCCGAGAGCCUCCUCUCCCUCUCCUCCUCCGGUACCUCCCCCGUCUCUUCACAGCCGUCUCCCUCUCCCUCCUCCGUCCCUCUUCCUCCCCUCUCCCUCAUCCCUCCGCCUGCGUCCACAGUCGGAGCGCUCAGCCUCCGAGUCGCUCCCGUCAGAGCCCGUAACGGCACGCAUAAAGCCCCCCGCUCAUCCAAAGACACGGAGGACUCUGGAGCGAAGAGGAGGAAAAACGCCUUCCUUUUCCCCACUGUGGAUAAUCUGAGGAGGAACGGCAGCAGCCAUCAUCCAACGUUACAAAGUUCAGGGGCGUCUGCAGCAGGGAGGAAAAAGGGACUCGGUCGGGGGGGGAUGUGGAGCGGAGGGGAGGACUGGCUCUCCAGAGACGACGGGUCGGAAAGCUACAACUCACACAGCAGUGGUGAACUAGGCAGUGUACCCGACUCCCCCAGCAGGGAGUCACCCUCCGCCCCCCCUCACCCUCCUGCUCCCCCCUCCGGACCCUUGCCUUAUGUCGGGGGGGCAGAGGGCAGGAAGAGGAGGAGUCCCAGCUCCUUCAAAGCAAAGGCCAGCAAGCUGAGCAGCCCGGGGGGGAUGGAGAGCCUCUUUGGGAGCGACAGCGUGGGAAUCCUGGCCUCAGGGCCCGAGUCCCCGAGACAGGCCAAGAUGCAUCACUGACAGAAACCUGCUCCCCGGACUGAACGUUGGGCAGCUGUGCAGACCACCACCGUUUGUGACCUUUGACCUCACCACUCUUCCCCUGACGGCACCAAUGAGACCGGUGAUGUCACCCCCAUUCAUCCAAUCACAGCUCAGUUCACUCACCGGGACACAGGAGUGUUUGCCGGCCGUUCACUUUCACCCAUCCACCUUUUUUUAAAAACAUGGAUCACUCUGACAUACAUUCAGAACAAUACAGUUGAAUCCAAAAAUGGAAAGGGAAUUUUCAGACAGAAUUUACACACUGUACAAGUUUGAGGGAGACUUUUUUUCUUAAUCAGCUGACAAGGUAAGUGAUUGUUUUUCGGGUUAAAGCUGAAGGACCUACUGACACGAUUACUGUAGGCCUCAGCGGUCAUCGAUGCCACCUUAACUCUAUUAUUUUAGCGACUCGUUACAACGAACAUCUCUGUCAACAUCUCUGAAAUUCUCUCUCUUUCCUCACCCCCCUAUCUCCCCCAUCCCUCCCAGCAUUGCUGUGCUCAAAGUGCUCUUACUGCCCCUCUCUCUCUCUUCCUCCAUUAUCUCCACCACGGACCUGAACACAAGGGAAGGAAGCGACACUGUAUUUCAAUAUAGGAAGAGAUCUAAGAAGGGAUCCGAUUUAUUUUGUCUUCGUUCUCGUUUUGCAAGAAACACAAACUCCUGUCUGUGUGUCAGGACUUGCAUCCACAAAAAGGAAUGAAGCCUACGGUGUUGGAUCUAUUUUUUUUUGUAUAUUAAUUUAUCGUUCUUAAGUUAUGUUUGUUUUCUAACUCGCCCUCGAGGUGCCGAGCUACGGGAAAAGCAAAGAAUCAUUUCUAUGGCAUUUUGAAGAAAUGUUGAAAGUAUUAUGAUAAUUCAUAUUGUUGAAAAUGUGUACAUUAUUUUUAUAUUUAUUAAUUAUCGUCCCCUUUUACAAAAUAUGAGCUAUACAAAGAAAAUGUUUUCCUCCAACUAAAUAGUGUUUAAUGAUAUUGAUAAUGAUCAGCCUGGUUUCUCAAAAUAUUGAAGAGUUUGUUAAUUAGCACGUUUUUAAAUGAAUUAAUGGCUAAAUAUGGACUUUAACUGUGGGGGCUGUGUCUGUCCUUCCAAAUGUAAGUAUUUUUAUUCAGUAUGUUAUAAUAACUGAGGCUUUUUCACAAUAAAAAAAAUUAAUAGGUGAAAAAUAUUAGACAAAAAAUGUAUCAAUUCAAACAAAUUUGACUUGGGAGAGUCUACUGUAAAAAGUCAACUGUUUUUGAUACAGUAAUUCACAUAUAGAUGUCAGCCAUACUGCAACUUUGCAAAGUCUGAUUGACAAUUUAAUUACAUUUUCCUAUUUUGUAAGGAGUUGUUUUGCCAGUGCCUGCACAUUUUUCACUUUUUGUUUUAAUUAGCAGCUCCUCCAUUUACCUAAAGAGCCAUCAACAGCGCACUCAACAAAGUAUGCCUGCCAAGGUUGUCACUUCUGUAGUGUUAACACAUUCAAACCUGCAUAAAAAGAAGUAUGCAAUCUUAAUAUUGGACAGCCACAGCCUCUAUCAGGAGAUGAAGUUUACUCAGUUGCUCUUUUUAUUUCCAUAAAUCUGUAUCUGACAUAUGCUAAUGAGCAAAUGUUGAUUUUGUGACACCAGGCUUUGGUUAGUAUUUUCAUAUAAAGAGCCCCGCAUUCAUGUUAGCCUGUGGUUCCACCCGUUCUCAUAAAUCUUCCAAUGUUCAAAACAAUAGUUAUUAUACUUUGAAACCAUCUUAAUCUUCCAGGAUCGAUUGGUUCAGGUCAAAAUGCUUUCAGUUACCUUUCAGAAAUGCUUCCUUACAUGUAUUUUAAACAAACACACAUUCAGCAUUAGGUGUACGAAACACAAAAGGAGCUCAGUCACUACCACAACUUUAAGUCCAAAGAUGCUAAAAUAUGAUUAUAUUAUGAGGUUGUCACUUUAAGUAGGUGUAUAGCUAUAGAGAAAUCCCUGAAACAUGUGAGGAUUUCUCUUUUCUUGGUAGGAUGGUGUCUAAAAAUGUUCGGAAAGUAUCCUGUCUUCAUCUUGUAUUGCUGAUAAAGGUGGCGUAACUGAGAGCAUUUUGAUUUCAUUCAUAGCGAUUGUUCUAAUCUAAACACACAUGGUUUAUCCGGGUGUUCGCAAUGUACAGUUAAUUUGUUAAAGGGAGAGUUCUGAUGAUUUGAAGUGGGGUUGUAUGAGGUUUUUAUCCAAAGUCAGUGUUUGUAGAAGAGGACAGGAGAAGAAUCAAGAGUUCUGCCAUGGAAAGAAUGGCAGCAAAAUAUAUGUAAGCCAUCCAAAAGAUAGUCCCACCAAAAAAAUAGUAUAUUUCAAUUUAAGUGUAUGACCAAUUUUGGAUAUUUUCAUUGCUUCCCCUUGCUGUGAGACAGACUUUUCCUGCAGGGAACUGAAGGUGUUAUCUCUACUCUCCUCAAAGCCACCUUACUCCAUUCACAAAAACACUCAUUUGAUCUCCCAGAACACGGGGGUUGCUGGUCUUCCAUUGCUUCUACAUGUAUUUGAUGUGUUAUUGUAUGACUUCAAUGUUUUAAAAGGUAACUCCGUAUCACCCGAGUCACUCAAUUACACGUACAAAAUCAAGGAAGUGGUAUAUUAGCAGAUUUGCGAGCUAAAAUGUUUUUGUAGAUUACGACUUGAGUUCCCCUUAAGAAAGGUCUGAAUAAUAUAUAGAGAACACUUAAACUUUAUUGGUUUUUUUUAAACGUUGGCUCUUCCUAAAGGUGGCUUAAAUAUGUCCUUCUACUGCCAUGGUAACACCUCAUAUAAAACCACUUCAAAAUAUCCGAGCUAUCCCUUUAACAUGCCUACAAUUACAAUAAUCAUUUUCUCUGAUAUACAUACCAACAUAUGUACUAGUAUAACUAUUGUUUAUGUUUGUUUAAAGGAUAAAACCAUGGUUAAGUGUGGAAUUUAGUGAGUUUUUUUAUGGAUCAAAGCUGAUGAUCUUAGUGCUGAAAUGAUUUUUGGGACUUCUCAACCUGACCUACUGUUUAUAGUAAUACAAAUAGGAAGUUACAGUCACUGUUGCAGCUAAAAUUAAGACAAGAGUUUUCAGUGGAUUUCAGAGCAGUUGUAUAUUUUGAACUUUAUGGAGGUAUAACAGUUUCUUUUAAAGCCUCCCUCUUUGUUUUUUUGCACUUUGUCAUAACGCCCAGAUCUUUAAUCAACGUCUAUUUAUAUACAUGUUUGAGAAAUUGAAAGCAAAUCUAUAUAUAUAUUUGUAAAAGUGGUUUUUUGGCAACUGCAGUGAAAGAAGAUGGAGAGUGUUUUGUGGGUGAGUUUACCAGCACACCAUUGUUUGUUGUGUCUGAUCCAAACAUGCCUUGUUAGAGUUAUUCACUCUGACUGCAGUUGGAUACCAAAAAAAGGAUUUCCCACCAUACAACAACACUUGCUGUAUAAAAAAUGUUCUUAUAUCCAAGCUUUUAUUAAAUGAUUGAAAGUGAA